AUUCUUCCGCCCCUUCCACGUCGACUUGCAUUCUCGCCAUCUUUCAGUUUGUUGCACCAAGUUGCAUUCAGUGCAAUUAUAUUAGCUAACUUAUACACAAAGAAAAGGACUUACUUACCGGAGCAAUGAACAUCUUCAGAUUAACUGGAGACCUCUCCCACCUGGCGGCUAUUAUUAUCUUGCUGCUCAAAAUAUGGAAAACCAGGUCUUGUGCAGGCAUUUCUGGGAAGAGCCAAAUCUUGUUUGCCGUGGUUUUCACCAGUCGCUAUCUGGACCUGCUCUCAUCUUUCAUCUCCCUCUACAACACUACCAUGAAAGUGAUCUACAUAGGGUGUGCCUAUGCCACUGUUUACCUAAUCUACAUGAAGUUCAAGGCCACCUAUGAUGGUAACCAUGAUACGUUCAGGAUGGAGUUCCUGAUUGUUCCUGUAGGGGGGCUGGCUUUCCUGGUCAACCAUGACUUCUCUCCUUUAGAGAUCUUGUGGACGUUCUCCAUCUACCUGGAGUCGGUAGCCAUCUUGCCCCAGCUCUUCAUGAUCAGUAAGACUGGCGAGGCGGAGACCAUCACCACCCACUACCUGUUCUUCCUGGGCAUGUAUCGAGCCCUCUACCUCUUCAACUGGAUCUGGCGUUUCUACUUUGAGGGCUUCUUUGACAUGAUUGCCAUUGUGGCAGGUGUGGUCCAGACCAUCCUGUACUGUGACUUCUUCUAUCUCUACGUUACCAAAGUGCUGAAAGGAAAGAAGCUGAGCCUUCCAGCAUAAGAACUAGACAGGGAGACCCGUGUCUUCAAGCAGACUCAGGGCAUGUGGAAAAAACAUCCUGAAAUCCCUCCAAGCCAGCGGAAGAUGUAUGAGACAUAGAGCCAAUGGGGGGAAUAACACUAGUCUCUUCGUCAUGAGUAUAACUGAACUGGUAAACACCAACACGUUCCAGAACUGAACAUCGGAUGAACACGGGUUCUUGAUCAGCCUAUGGGUUCCUGUGUUUAGCAUCUUGCCUUACCUUUUUUUCUACAUUGUGAGAUGUGUAUUUUUUUCUUUCUAACAAUGAAACACGCAUUGUAACAAAUAAGGUUGACUCAAUGCAAAGUUCCUUGUUGAACUUGGUAAUGAAAGGCACAAUGUUAAAGUCUUUUUCAUGGAUUUGAUUUAUGUCAAAGGAAUAUUCUGACUUUUUUGUACUCUUCUCUUUUUUUGUUUAAAGAAGAAUUGACAAAUCAACCUUGUUUGUCUCCACUGUGGUUCAGUUUGUAUGUUUAAACCCCACUGUUUACCUGUCCCUCAUUUUUUAAUUCACAGUUUUUAAUUUGUGUUCCAAAGUGGUCAUUAAGAACUGCCAUUUCUUUUAAUGCACUAUUCUUGGUGCAUAUGGUGUAUUCCUUCUCAUUCUGACUUCCAUUUUGUUUGUGCCUUUUUGAGAAUUUCAAAACCUAUAAAGACCUUGUGCCAUUUAAAGGACUUCUAGUAUUCUGCUGGUGCUGCACCAAUACUUCAUACAUACCCUUGUAGUGCUACUCUUUUUUACAAUUUACUGACACAUACCUUAAAUUAGGUUUGAAAACAUUUCAUGUACAUUUGGUGGUGUUUUAACGCAGUAUUACUGACUGGGGCUGAGAUAUUGCAACGCCAGUGGGGAAUGGGGAUACUACUGUGGUUGGAUGUCAAUAGUUAAUUGGUAUUAAGAGGCCCACUGAACAGCAAAAAAUUCAACAGCCUUGCAGAAUUGACCUAUGAAACAAUAUUUUGCAGGCGCACAUUUUAGAACCAUUAAAUGAUGGCUUUGACUCCCAGCUGAUUUAGGUCAUUUUCAGUCAUUCCUAAAGGUACAUAGUAGUUCAUGCUUUUUCAGGCAUUGCAUGAUAUCCUUUAAUACUCCCUUCACUGAAUGUUUUGCUACUUUUUCUGUGGUGCUAAAUAAAACAUUGAUGUUAGAAUAUUGUUUUGAAAGUGGUAAGCAUACUUUUAUCACAUUUCAUAUCAGCGUCUCAUUGACUAUCAAUGGCGUAGGUUUGGUCUCAGCUUUGGUAGGGACACACAUCUCUUCUUUUUGGGUGACAUUUCCUAUCUACCAAGCACAAAAGGUUCAAAAAUAUAAAUGCUGAGACCAAACGAAAUACUAAUAGGAGGCUUUAUUAUUUCCUGGCGUAUUUAAUAGCUUACCGUGUCAGACUUCUGCCCUCUUUCUGCAAGUCACGAUUCACGAUUCAUCAUCUUGUCUCGCAGGCUCGAGGCGCAUUGGUUAACUUGGAAAUGUAUUUUUCACUUUUCUGGGCAACGAACAUAGUAUAGAUAAUAAUACGAAUGAGUUUUGCAAAUAUAUUGUGCAAAAUAUUUUUGUCGGAAAUUAACAAAAUAUUGGUGGGGACAAUUGUGUCUUUCUCAAACUUGGUCGUGACUAGUCCCUAUCAACCCUAUGCAAACCUACGCCCUUGAGCAAUAUGGACCAAAUAGCCUGGGUAAACUAAGGGUAUAUAAAAAAAUAUUAGAAUUUCACAGAUUUAUAAGUGGUCAAAUGUGAUUUAAAGAAAUCUUUGUUUUUGACCAGAUGUUGGUGCAGAGACCAUGACUUAAACUGUCUUUAAACUGUUGAGAUCGACCUCUCACACAGAAACUUGCCAUAAACACACUAGAGAUUUAUCCACCCACCAAAUAUAUAUAUUUUUUUCAAAUAGUAACAUUAGUAAUAUUCCAAAGAUACGAGAAUAGAUUUGACUUCAUUAGGAGUUGCUACUAAAUAGCUUCUGAAGUGUAUAAGUUGUGUAGAAGGCUUGUUUAGAAUUUUAUAUAACUUGUUGGGGUAUAUUUUUUUCUUCUGUUUUUUUUUUUUUUUUACAAUGCAAUGUAGCUUUCUAUUAAAAUUAUUUACCACCAGA